AUGAUCAAUAAUUUUGCAAAUCCGAAAUCUAUUUCUGUACCAUCAGUUCACACUGGAUGUUGCAAAACAGAAUUUGAUUCAACUUAUCAAAAUGAUUUGAAUGGUGUGAUUAGUCAAAAUGAAUUUCAAGAAUCCAUUAAUAAAAUCAAUCGUCGAAUAUCUUCAACUAAAUUCAUCGUCAUGUUUGUUCUUGUCUUUGGUUUCUGUAUUAUUGGUACAAUAGUAUCCUUUAUCGUUGGUUUAAUCACAUCAGGUGACUUUAUAUUCAUUGGUGUAGCAAUUGCUUUAUUUCUUUUUGGACUUACCUUUAUCUUUGUUGGAUGUUUUAUCGUACAGCGUCGAAGUGCCGAACGAAUACGAAAAGCGAUUGCUCAAGAAUCAAGAAAAUAUUCAACACGAUCGCCAAUAUUAUGUCGUUGGCGAUUGAAAACGACGACUGAAUAUGAUGAAGAAUAUGGAAAUCAGCACAGCCAUCAGUUAGUCAUUGAUGUCAGUCGCUCAAUUAAUUCAGAACUAAUUACUACUGAAUCACCAUCAUGGAUUGUUGGACAUCAUGAUAACAAUGCACCUCCACCUUAUUCAAGUUUAUCGAUGGGAUUUUGUUCAUAA